CGCCUUCCAAGCCAGGCUGCUUCUUCCGGUUCCUGUCAGGAAUGCUGCAGCAGCCGGCUCGGGCCCGUCUUCCUCCUCGGCUUUCCUUCCCGGGGAAAUGAGCCCCCCAAGCUUCUCCCCUCGCCAGGCCCGUGGGUUCCCGGAUGGAGCAGCAGGCUCUCGGGCUUGGAGCAGCAUCAGCCUCGCCCUCCUACCAGCCUGCAGUCCCAGACCGGCCUGGAUGCAUCUACACCAGCUGCUAUUGUGAAGAAAAUGUGUGGAAACUAUGUGAAUACAUCCAGAGGCAGAAUCAAUACCCUUUAGAAGAAUUUUAUGCUGUUUUCAUUUCUAAUGAUAGAAGAAUGGUGCCACUUUGGAAGCAGCAGGCAGGGUGUGGAGAAGAACCUGUGAUUUGGGAUUACCAUGUGAUUUUGCUUCAUGUGGCUAAUGGAGACCAGAACUUCAUUUAUGACCUUGACACUGUGCUUCCUUUUCCCUGCCCCUUUGACACCUAUAUUGAAGAGGCGUUCAAAUCAGACAGCAUUAUUAAUCCUGGAUAUCGAAGAAAAGUCAGAUUGGUUCGAGCUGAUGUGUUUCUGAAGACGUUCGCUUCUGACCGAUCCCACAUGAAGGAUGCCAGUGGAAACUGGCUGAAGCCUCCACCUCUGUACCCGUGCAUUGAAACUGCAGAGUUCAAGAUGAACCUGGACAACUUCAUCAGUAUGAAUCCAGAUAUCGGAUGGGGAUCCGUCUUUUCACUCCAUGACUUUGUGCAGUCUUUUGGCAGAACUGAUUUUGAGCAUCCCAUGUAGGAUGGUGGAAUAAUUGAGACGGAGGCACUGAUAUUUAUUAUGAGAUCUGCCGUUCUGUUUAUUCAGUAGUAACUGAAGUAAUAUUCUUAGUUUGGAGAAAUAAAAGGAAUAUAUGUAAUGAAUUAAACCUUUUUUUAAAAAAAAUUGCAAGCCAAAAUGGUUAUACUGAGUCUAUAUACUUCAGAUAUAUCCUGACCUGCUGGAAAAAGAAAUCAUGAUCUGUGAAGUGGAAAACCAUAGGUGAAGAAGAUGAGUUUUAGAGGUGGAUUAACUCAGUAACAUGAGUCAUGACCCCAAGUUUCAUCGUCUUAAGCUGUUACUGUCCAGAACCCUUGCUAGUCUCACAAAAGGUUACAAUUGUCUGUUUGCAAACAACAGCAAAACAUUUUAAAGUAUUAAAAGGAAGAGAUCAAAACUUGUCCUUUUUCCCACCUUUGAUAUUUCAGAAGUCAUACACUGCGUGAAGUAAAAUAACUCUUGUUUCAUGGGGUUUUAUUGAGUGAUUUGUACUUCACUUGCAGAACUGUUUGGAAUUCAAGGGAAAUUCCCUAGCUAAUGCCUCUAGGCUAUACGAAGUUUUUCAGGAUGGCUGCACACUACCAUAAAAAGAGGACAAAAAUGAAACAAUAUUUGUAUGUUCAGUUUUCUAUAUAAGUGUUCACUGACAUAAUUAGUCUUCAUAAAAAAUACAUUUCACUAUAGUCAAAUAAAAUUGAGAGCGGGGA